AUGCCAAAAGUCCUUAGUCAGGCAUCUGCACGCAACAAAGAGGAAAGAGUAAGAGCCAGCGGAAUAAUAAGGGCUGGCAGAAGACGGGGAUACGAGGAUUACGACGAGGAUCCCCGGCGAUGGAGAAAUUCUCGCAUCAACGACCCUAGCAUUGGUGAUAAGGAUGACGACGAAGAUUCUUGGCAGUCUAGGGAUCGCGAACGAGAGACCGGAAGAGUAAGAGCCAGCGGAAUAAUAAGGGCUGACAGAAGACGGGGACACGAGGGGAGAAAUUCUCGCAUCAACGACCCUAGCAGUGGUGAUGAGGAGGACUACGAGGAUUCUUGGAAACAGCCUAGGGAUCGCGAACAAGUACCUUGGGCAUAUCCUCCGUCCGGCAGAGCCAGAGACAACUAUUAA